AGAGCGCAGGAGUGAGAGAGUAGGGGGUGUUAAAGUAUUUCCAGUCGAGUGAUUCGCGUUUGUUAGUUGAGCAACUGAGAGCCCCAAAGGUUGUGAUGCGGGAUUCACCAUCAGAAGUGUUCGAAGAGCAAGGGGGUAUCAAAAGAUCUCGAUCUGAAAACGAGGAGUGCCGCGUGUUUGCAUGUUGCGAUAAAACGUUCAUUUAAAGCAGCAAGAAUGAUCGCCACCACGCAACAGAAUGUGUCUACAGACCUGGAUCUGGGCAGUUUGGGGGGCCCCCCACGCAACUGGAAGGGCAUUGGGAUCGCCAUGGUCGUCAUCCUGGCUGUCCUGUCGCUGGUCACCCUCUCCAUAAUGCUGCUCACACCGGAUGAGACUCAUCUCUUACACCAAUCCCAUCUCACUGUGGAAGACCUGGAGAGUGAUAAAUUCCAGACCCAUGAUCCCUGUGUCACCUGGCUGAAUGAGGACGAGGUUGUCCUUUGCAGCAGGGAGGGUCACGUGAUCAAACAUGACCUCCGCACCAACCAGACGGCCACGCUGCUUGACAACAGCACUUUUGACCUGAAAGCCGCAAAGUUCCAGGUUUCAGCGGACCAGAGGUUCGUCUUGUUGGCAUAUAACAUCCGGCAGGUAUUCUCACAGUCCUUCACAGCCUCCUAUGCCAUCUACAGUGUGGCCACCGGGGACAUAGUUGAGCUCGCCGCUCCUGGGAAGGACGCGUCUGUGCUACAGUUUGCUGCGUGGGGUCCCCAAGGAAACCAGCUGAUAUAUGUCUUUGAAAAUGACAUCUACUACCGGACUGAUGUGUCCAGCAACACCUUGCGUCUCACAUACACAGGCAGGGAAGGCCUGGUGGUCAGUGGUCUGACUGAUUGGGUCUACGAGGAGGAGGUUCUCCUCACAUACCAGGCCCACUGGUGGUCUGAGGAUGGAGCCCGGCUGGCGUACCUGACCAUCAAUAACUCAGCCACACCUUUCAUGGAGAUACCCCACUUCCUUGGAGAGGUCUACCCAUCUCCCUUGUUCUAUGCCUACCCCAAGGCUGGUGCUAACAUUCCUGCUGUGAGCCUCCAUGUUGUCAACCUGUAUGGUCCAGCCCACACCUUGGAGAUGGUUCCUCCAGACUCCUUCAGUUCCAGGAGUCACUAUAUCUCCAUGGUGACCUGGAUCAGCAGCACACAACUGGCCGUACGCUGGGUUAACCGGCCGCAGAAUCAGUCAGCGCUCUCUGUAUGCGAGGCCACCACAGGCGCUUGUUCAGAGAAGCACAAACUGCCAGUAGAUAUUUGGCAAGAUCAACUUCAGGAGGUGCCGUUGUUUUCUAAAGAUGCCUCCACGUUCUACUUAACCCUUCCUGCCAAGCAAGGUGCCCGAGGGGAGUUUCGGCACGUGGCGUCUCUGCAGGCCCAGCCCCCAGUACCCUCAGCUCCUCCGCGCUUCCUGACAUCAGGAAACUGGGAUGUCUCCUCGCUCUGCGCCCUGGAUGAACAGAGUGGGAAAAUAUAUUUCCUGAGUAGUGAGAUGUCAAGACAGAGCAGGCACUUGUACAGUGUGGACCUGAGUGGCGUCUUGCAGCGGCAGUGUCUCACUUGUAAUCUGAUAGAGGACUGCAGCUUCCUCAAGGCCCAGUUCAGCCCUAAUCGGACCAGAUUUACUCUGCACUGCCUUGGGCCUGGAAUCCCCAAGGUGACUGUUCACAGCACAAAAGAACCUCACAGGUACAUUGUGCUGGAGGACAACAAGCCCAUGUCUCAGGCCAUGGAGGGAAAGUGGCUCCCGGAGAUGCAGUUUCGGACUCUGUCGGGCGAGAACUAUGAUCUCCACCUGAAGCUGUCUUUGCCUCAGACCCAUGAGGAGAACGUGCACCCACUUCUCAUCAUAGUUGAUGGGACACCAGGAAGCUACACGGUGACCGAGGAGUUCUCCCUAGGCUGGCCUCAGGUUCUGUCCAGCACGCAUGGGGUGGUGGUGGCAUGGAUUGACAACAGGAGCAGUGCUACGCGAGGUCAGAAGUCAACUACCCACGAUGCCAGAAAACUAAGCUCACUGAUGGUCAAAGACCAGCUUGGUGUAGUGGAAUGGCUGAUGCAACUGCCUUUCAUUGAUAACAGACGGAUGGCCCUUUAUGGGAAGGCUUUUGGCGGUUAUAUGGCCCUCAAGAUGUUAGCUGCAACAGACCAGCUCUUCAAGUGUGCUGCUGUCAUGGCCCCCGUUACAGACUUCAGAUUCUACAGUGCUGCCUUCUCCGAGAGGUACUUUGGACUCCCUUCUAAGGAUGAGAGUGCUUAUGUGGCCGCAUCCGUCUUGGAGGAUGCUGAGAGACUUAAACAUGAGAACUUCCUUAUUCUCCAUGGAACUUCAGAUGCACGGGUGCACUUCCAGCACAGCGCAGAGCUGCUGAGCCGCCUGGUCAGGGUGGAGGCCAACUACACCCUUCAGCUGUACCCAGACGAGGGCCACAGCCUCAGGGCAGAGAGGAGCCAGCAGCACUUUCGCCGCACCCUGGGCCACUUCCUCCAAGUCUGUCUCAUCCAGGCACCCCCCCGCCGAGAGUCAGCAGCAAACCAGGAGGAUGAUUACUGACCAUCCCUGCUGCCUGGAAGUGGGGGCACGGCAAAGAGUGGACAUUGAGACUCCCCCCACCAGUUCCUGGAAAGGGUGACACGAGCACUUCCUCCUGUUAUAUGUUCUCUGACAUCUCCCUGUCUAUGUUUGGGUGUGAGGUUGCUCUUGCAACAAUAACCCAGGCCAUAAAAAUACCCUUCAGGUCUUUGCCAUGUAGGAUUUGGCCACGCAUCUGGACAUCUUCGCAAGGGACCUCUUCAAGACUGUCCCAUCUUCCCACCUUCUUCAUUUCCUUUGUCCUGCCAAGGUCUUUGAACUCAAAGCUUAACACCAUUAAAAGAUAGAUCCCUGUGCACUACAUGUACAGCUGGACUCAUGGAGUAUUUGUGUAAUUUUUUAAAGUCUAAGAUAAUUGUCAAAAAAUACAUCUCUGACCUUAUCACAUAAGGGACUUUUCAGAAUGAACAGCAGUAAUGUGGAUCCCUGGCUUGCAGAUGUAUAGAAACAGGUGAUUCUGAGUAUUUGGGUGUCUUGCCUUUGAGGCAAAGUGUGUCAGACAACAGCAAGGUUUUGUUCCUGUUUGCAAAUGUAUAUGUGACUGGGACUAACAUUCCAAUGAGUUCUUAAUCCAUCUUGCUACCAGAGAUAGACUUAUUUAUCCAUGAUUUCAGUAUGAUAAGAGGUGGUGUGGUGAAUGUUGGUAAUGGCACACAACAAUGAAAUUAGUCCUCCUCACCCAAAGCACCAACCCAGCACAGAAGGUGACAAUGAAAUUUAUAAACCUACGGCUUGUAUUUUUAUUAAAGUAGCAGCUAAAUAAUGAGGAAAAUUUUUAUAACUAUUUUCCACUUAAGAAAACUAUCGAGGGGGCUUGUUUCAAAAUCCGACAUGUGACCCAAAUGUUGAUAAUUAACUUACAGUACAUUUAUUAAUGUAACAUGAGACUUGUGAUAUUUAUGGAGGCUGAAUUGAGGUAGAUGUGCCAACACAAUGCCAGUGAUCUCAAAAAGAACAAUGCAUUACCAUACAGGGUUACUGUCCAAAAUGAAUGAGGAAAAGGUAGGACUGAGGAACGGUGCAUGUAUUUUUCAGCAACAGCUGGUGUCAAGGUCCCCAUAAGGGAUAAGGGGGGGUGAUGUCUACCCAGGGGGGGCUUGGUGUGUGUUUCUGAUCAAGCACUUCCAGCAUUCUUAAUACUUACAUGUAAUGUCCAGUUCAUUAAGAGAUAGUUAAAUAUGUCUGUGCAUGUAAUAAGAGUAUACAGUGGGACCUCUGUAUCUGCAGUUUCAGAACUGGAAAACUCCAGAAAUAAACAGUUGAUAAGUUUUAAACCGCGCAUCAAGCAAGUACAGGCUGUGACAGGGUGAAGUCAGCCAAUCCAGUCACGCCGAGUACGUAGCUCACCUCCCAUGACCAAUACAUACGUUUCCCUGCAGAACUCUCAUCCAGUCAGCAUCCAGUGUUCUCACUGAUCACAUUUGUUGGCAUGUUCUCAGUGUGUGCUAUAAAAAAAUGCAGAAAGCAUGAUUUUCAUUGCUCUGUCAUCCCUUAAAACAUGUCUUCAGUACUCUGUUGCCUCUUGAGAAUUAGGCUACAUCAUCAGAAUCCCUUUCAUUUGAGAGAGUACAGUACAGUACUUUAUUAUUACUGGUAUAGCACAUUUCCACAACAUUACAUUGUCUCAAAGCCCUUUACAUUAUCCCUGCCCAAAGCCCGCCGUGAGCAAGCCAGAGGUGACAGUGGCAAGGAAAAACUGCUUAGUAGGAAGAAACCUUGAGAGGAACUGGACUCAAAGGGGGAGCCCAUCCUCCAGAGGUCAGCAGAGAAAGUCUUACUGUGUGUAAUUUAUCUAUUAACCUUAACAUAUGUUAUAUAUGGGGUCCACGGAUGGUUCGCCAUUAUCCACAGUUUUUGGCCAUCUGCAGAAGGUCUUGGAAUGUAUCAGCUAUAGAUAAAGGGGGAUUACUGUACUUAUGGUCUGGAGAACAGCACAUCUCUCAGGGCCACUGAGCCGGAUCAUUUAACAUUUUGGUGGUGAUGGUACAUCUGAAAAUUGUACAUCCAACAGAUUGAAUUAUCCCUCUAUUGUGGAUCGGUGUCACUGUCCAGAAAAUGGGUCUGUUGGCUGGAAAAUGGAAGUCUCCCCUAUCGGUUUAGUGGAAUGCAAAGUUAUGCAUAUAUAAUACAACAAUGUCCAACCUUAUUUUAUUUUCUAGAUUUGAUUAUGUGAAAUUAAGUACAAUGUAUGAUCCCUGAAAACAGAAAUAAAGCAAUAAAGCAGUACUGCCUAGUAAUGACCUCAUAAAAUCACCUUAAAUUGCACCUUUCUUUGUUUCUAUUUAGUAAAUGAUUAUCUUUCUGUACCUUUUUAGCUCUUUUUUAUUGGGUGCAGUUUUUGGUCAAGAUCCAACAACCAUGGUCCUUAUUCUUAUUGAAAUGUUAUUUUUGAAAAAGUGACAAAAGUUAAAAUGAGAUGAAAGCAAUGACAAUGAUGAUGCGACGUGUUUCAGAAUGUUACGGAGCUGCUCUGACCUGCCCCAUGUUAUCUGUUUCAGCAUAAUCAGGCACCUGUCAAUUGCUGUCACAUAUUUCAGUAUCAAUAAGAAACAAAGGUGACAACUAGAAUUGCAGUGUUGUGAUCAAGAAGAUCUAGCUUUGUUUUGUUAAAAUGCACUCUACUUGUGUUUAUAAUAAUGGUGAGCUCACAGAAACCUACCAGAUUAAUAUUAGCAUUCUAAGAAUCUCUCCAGGAACAAGUAAUGAGGAGUAGUAUUUAGAACAAAACAGGCAGAGAUCCUCCAGGAUAAGCACAGAGAUAACCAGCCUAGAUUGUACCCAAAGCCCUACCUUCAUCUCUCAGCAAUGCAGCACUGCUAGUCCAAUCUCCACCCGAGCUACAGGAACAUGCUGAAGUGCAUGCACUUUGUGUAAACGGAAUGCCUGUAUCUCUUGUUUUCCUGUACUUUUAAAAUUUCUCUUUAAAGAAAUGUGUGAACAGAAUUGUUUUAUUUCAAUAAAGUAUAGCUUUUGGUUUA